AUGCUGAUCUCAAGUGCCACAGGUCUGGGUCACAUCACCGUCGCCUACUUGGCUAGCAACUUUGUCAAGGACGAGACGGCCGCCUAUUUCCAGGACCUCUUGCGCAACGAUACCGAGCACUAUCUCGCCGGCGUCGCAACGUGGGCGGAUAGCAUCCGGUACACGAGAUGGGGCCGCUUUACUAAGAAUUUCCAUUUUAUCGACGCAAAGGACUCACCACCCACUUAUUGCGGUGUCGAUUUUGAAAGGGACUGCAAGGAGGACGGAUGCGUUGUCAGCUCCAUCCAAAACUACACCUCCCAGCUGCUGGACGGUAGUCUCUACGCCUGGCGCCGCAACCAGGCUGCCAAGUUUGUUAUACACUUUGUCGGCGACAUUCAUCAGCCGCUGCACACGGAGAAUGUUGCCCAGGGUGGGAACGGCAUCCAUGUGAAAUGGCAAAAUGCCGAGCUGAAUCUGCACCACGUCUGGGACUCGAGCAUCGCCGAGCAAAUGUUGGGAGGAAACCGCAGGAAGCCAUAUGUUGGGGCUCAUGCCUGGGCCACGAAUCUCACCUCUGAGAUCAAGGACGGCAAAUACACUGCAGAGAGCAAGCUCUGGGCGAAUGGCCUCAAUCUCGACGAUCCUAUCGCCACAUCGAUGAUUUGGGCCAAUGAGACAAACGCCUAUGUGUGCAGCCACGUCUUCCCCGAGGGUCCAGCCGCCAUUGCUGGUCAACAACUUGCUGGCGAGUAUGCCAAGAAGGCUGAGCCAGUCAUUGAUGUCCUGGUCGCUCGAGCUGGGUACCGGCUGGCUGCCUGGCUGGAUCUCAUUGCCGAUAGGAUCAGGGAGAAUUCCAAUGCCGCCAGUGUAGGCGAACUCUGA